AUGCCCACCCUAACAUUUACAGAAGGCGAUACUGCGGAAAUUUAUGCACAUAACGAGUUAAAGGAAACUACUUCUCUUCAUUGGCAUGGAUUGUUCCUGCCCAAUAAAGAAGACGGCGUGCCCUGGCUUACACAAACGCCCAUUCCACCCGGAGCAACUCACCUGUACCGAUUUCCCAUCAUUCAGCAUGGUACCCAUUGGUACCAUAGCCAUUCCGGAUUACAGGAGCAAAUAGGUAUGUACGGCUCCAUGAUACUCAAUCCGCGGACGGCAGACCGUAUAAAAAGAGAGGAGAUUGAAGGGCUUCCUACUGUUCCUGUAAUACUGAGUGAAUGGACCGAUUACAAACCGGAAAAUGUACACCGGAUGCUGCACAAUGCGUCUGACUGGUUUGCUUUGCGCAAAAAUGCUGUGCAAAGUUAUGCGGAAGCUAUUAAAGCGGGCCAUUUCAGCACCAAACUGGCCAACGAGUGGAAACGCAUGCUGGCCAUGGACGUGAGCGAUGUGUAUUAUGAUAAGAUACUGAUGAACGGGCAGGCGGAAUCUGGCAUCACAGCCGUUGAUGGAAGACCGCUGAAAGCGGGUGAUAAACUAAGAUUGCGCAUCUCUAACGGUGGCGCUUCCUCCUAUUUAUGGCUUCGUUAUGCCGGUGGAAAAAUUACGGUGGUGGCCACAGAUGGCAAUGAUGUACGGCCGGUAGCAGUAGACAGGCUACUCAUUGCGGUUUCAGAAACCUAUGACAUAAUAGUAAGUAUACCUGCAGACAGUACUUCCUAUGAAUUGCUGGCUACCACAGAAGACCGCACCAAUUCAGCUUCGCUGUAUAUCGGUAAUGGUAUCAAACAGCUGAUUGAUCCGAUGCCCCGGCUGAAAUAUUUUGAGGGCAUGAAGAUGAUGAACGGGAUGAUGAAAAUGAAUGGCAGACUGGACGAUAUGGGCAUGCGGAUGAGCCUGAACCAGAUGGACAUGAACGUGGUGAUGUACCCCGAGAUUACAGGCGAAGCGAAAAAGAAUGCGCCAAUGGAAAUGAAUAGCGAUGCGCAGGUCAGUCAGAAUAAAUACAACAGCAACGCUCUUUCUGAUAUCGUUACCCUUAACUACGCCAUGCUGCAAUCGCCGGAAAAAACAACACUCCCGGAAGCUACUACCCGGGAAAUGAAGUUUGAGCUUAGUGGCAAUAUGAACCGCUAUGUAUGGAGUAUGGACAACAAGGUGGUAUCUGAAGCAGACCGGAUAUUAAUUAAAAAAGGAGAGAACCUGAGGCUGAUCAUCUACAACGGAUCCAUGAUGCGCCACCCCAUGCACCUGCACGGGCACGACUUCAGGGUGCUGAAUGGACAGGGCUAUUACGCUCCCCUGAAAAACACCAUUGAUAUUAUGCCCAUGGAAACAGAUACCCUGGUGUUUAAUGCCAAUACAGACGGCGACUGGUUUUUUCAUUGCCAUAUCCUCUACCACAUGAUGAGCGGCAUGGGCAGGGUUUUCAGCUAUCAAAACCAGGCUCCCAACCCCUUGCUGCCCAACCCAAAACUGGCGCAGCGAAAAUUGUUUGCAGAUGAUCGCAUGCCGCAUUUUAUGGCAGAAAACGAUUUUGCCAGCAAUGGAAACGAUGGCAUGGCCAUGCUGCAGAAUACAAGAUGGAGUUUUGGAACGGAAUGGCGCCUUGGCUAUACCAAUCACCAUGGCUACGAAACUGAAACACAUAUCGGCAGGUGGCUGGGAAGGAUGCAAUGGUUGAUGCCUUUUAUUGGCUUCGACUGGCGGUACCGGAAAAUGGAGCAUGGGGAAAUAGAAAAAAACCUGUUCGGCCAAACGAAUACCAAAGACAACAGGGCCCAGCUGAGCAUUGGGGUUGAAUAUACUUUGCCCAUGCUGGUAAAAAUUCAGGCAGAGAUAUACCAGGACGGUAAUACCCGUUUGCAAUUGAUGCGCGAAGACAUUCCUGUUGCAAAAAGACUGAGAAUGAGUUUUAUGGUAAAUACAGACAAAGAGUACAUGGCCGGGUUCAAAUACAUUGUCGGCAGAAACUUUGCAUUAUCGGCACACUACGACAGCGAUAUGGGCCCCGGUGCAGGCUUUGUUCUAAAUUAUUAG